AUGUCAGCCUGCCGUUGGCGCUGUGUCUUGUUUAUCUACAGCUUUCUAACAAGCAAGCACGUUCGUGCUAGUCCGCGGGUGCUGGCGGAGUGCGCUGCAGCAUGGGGCUUGUCGCUGAGCAAGUGGCGGGUGGGGGGCGACUGUGGCCCGACACAAUUCAUUGCAUGCGAUGAGAACGGGCUCGUCACUACCAUGUGGAUGGGAAUGCAUGGGCUACGUGGCUCCAUCCCAACAGCUCUUGGGACUCUCACCUCUCUCACCUACCUAAUAUUGUGCUGCAACGACCUGGAGGGCUCCAUUCCUGCAUCCUUUAGCGCGCUCACUGGACUUGUCUACCUUGAUUUGGAGUCCAACGCCCUGAGCGAUUCCAUUCCAGAUGUCAUCUCGCACAUGACCGCUCUUAGAGGCCUCUUUCUCUCCAACAACCAGCUGUCUGGUGCCAUUCCCCCCGCCAUAGGCGCCCUCACGGCCCUCGAAACCCUCUAUCUCGCCGACAACCAGCUCUCUGCUGCCAUUCCCCCCGCCAUAAGCGCCCUCACGGGCCUCAAAAGGCUCAAUCUCAACAACAACCAGCUGUCUGGUGCCAUUCCCCCCGCCAUAGGCGCCCUCACAUCCCUUGAAUACCUCCAUCUCUCCAACAACCAGCUGUCUGGUGCCAUUCCCCCCGAAAUAGGCACCCUCACAUCCCUGCACUAUCUCUUCCUCGCGCACAACAUGCUCACAGACAGCAUUCUCACGGAAAUGGGCAGCUUGGUGAUGCUUCAGUACCUCUACCUGGACGACAACAAGCUGCGAGGCUCCAUCCCUGACGCGCUGAGUAUCCUCUCCAGCCUGAUCUCUCUGUCCAUGGCCAACAAUGAGCUGGAAGGGACGAUCCCUGACUUUCUAUCGUCCUUCACUACACUCACCCAACUUGUGCUAUCCAACAACACGCUAACAGGAGUCAUACCCUCUUCGAUACGCGCCCUGACGAACCUUUAUGACCUCUACCUGAACGACAACAAGCUUGAGGGGUCCAUUCCAACCACCAUUGCUUUGCUGCAGCAGCUCUCAUGGCUUUCCCUUUCCCACAACUCUCUCACUGGCAGCCUCGACGACCUCUCCCCGCUGUCCUAUCUGCGCGGACUGGAGCUUUCCAGCAACGCCAUAUCCGGCCCAAUCCCCACCACCCUAGGGGAGCUCUUCGCCUUGCAAACCCUGGAUCUCUCAAACAACAACCUGUCAGGCGCCAUCCCGCCUUCCAUCUCCGGCCUUCUCAGCCUCACUGCUCUGAAGCUCGGCAGCAACGCAUUGGAAUCGCCUAUCCCCCAAGGCUUGACUGCACUGAGCGACUUAUAUUUCUUGGACCUGAGCAAGAAUAUGUUCUCGGAGGACUUCCCACCUAUCUUCACCCAAAUGAAACAAGUGCAGCACAUGAAGCUGAGCCACAAUAACUUCACAGGCAGCAUUCCUGCCUCCAUCACCACUCUCGUUUCCCUCACCUACCUUGAUCUAGGCUACACAUUGCUGGCCGGCACAAUCCCCACUGCCAUCACCAAAAUGCAACACCUCUCUCGCCUUGACCUUCGCAUACCAACACUCACGGGCUCCAUCCCGGCCUCCAUGGGCGCCAUGCUCAAUCUGCAGUACCUCUAUGUCAACUAUGAGGUGACGCCAUGCGGUUACGGGGAGUGCGAGGUGGUGCAGUACUCCGGCACAGCCUUCUGCCGUGCCUGCACUGACUUCUGCGACUCGUGUGAUCGCAAGGCCCCCAACCCUCCAAAGUGUCGGAAGAAGCGCCGUGCCUGCUCACUCAAGUCAUGCCCGGGCCGCAUCUGCAUUCCCUUCGUCCGCAGCUGCAAGGGCUACAAGUGCAUCUGA